GUAUUUAUAGCGUAGGGUAGCGCUACAGUGAAGCGAUCAGUUUGACCAGUCUGCAGAAACACGCAAGCCGUAAUUCUACCUAAUACACAAUUUGUCUUGUCUGCAGUAUCAAGAUGUCGUGUCUAUUGAGAGUUACCUCGAGAGUUCAGCUGGCUAGAUCUCUUAGCAUCACGAGACGAUACGCCACCCAAGCUUUUGUGUAUUCGAACGAAGUGCGGGAUGCGAAAGCGGACGGGAAACCGAUAGUUGCUUUGGAAUCAACUAUUAUCACUCACGGAAUGCCUUACCCUAAAAAUUUAGAAACUGCGCUCGAAGUUGAGGACAUCAUCCGACAACAAGGGGCAACGCCGGCGACUAUUGCAAUACUAAAAGGUCAACUUACAAUUGGAUUAACACAGGAAAAAAUUGAAUACUUGGCCAAAGCGAAGGGUGUUAUAAAAACAUCUAGAAGAGACAUGGCAGCCGUAGUGGCAGCUAAAAAAGAUGGUGCCACUACAGUCGCAGGAACAAUAAUUGCGUCUGAGUUGGCAGACAUACCCGUCUUUGUUACAGGAGGCAUAGGUGGAGUUCAUCGUGAAGGCGAGGACACUUUGGAUGUGUCAGCUGACCUUACGGAACUAGGACGGAGCAAAACCUUAGUCGUUUGCAGCGGGGUCAAGUCCAUACUUGAUAUAGGAAGGACUCUGGAAUACUUGGAAACCCAAGGUGUAACUGUCUGUUCUUUCGGUGAAUCGGAAGAGUUCCCAGCGUUUUACACAACACGUUCAGGAUAUAAGGCGCCAUAUUGUGUCCAAAAUUCGACGCAAGCUGCCCAAAUGUUGCUGACUGCACAUCGUCUCCAACUCUCUUCUGGGAUCCUUGUCGCUGUUCCACUGCCAAAAGAACAUGCUAUGGACGGCGAUUUAAUCGAAGCAGUCAUUAAGAGAGCCCUGGUUGAAGCAAAUGAGCAAGGAAUUCGGGGUAAGGAAGUGACCCCAUUCCUACUAGCCGCAGUGUCUGCAGCUACGGGUGGCGCCUCGCUCGCUGCCAACAUCGCCCUUAUAAAGAACAACGCAAAAGUCGGCGCCGAUAUUGCCGUCCAAUUUCAAAAUCUGAGGAAUGCCAACAAUUUAGAGAACCCUCUUAAUAACGGCUCUUCAAAGAAAUCGAGAAAAUGUACGACGAAUUUUUCAAGACAGUUUCAUACCACAUGUCGUGCCAGAGGAAGCAGUUGCAGUGGGAAUGUGAUAACGAAUGAUACCUCCGGAGAUGUACUCGUCAUUGGUGGAUCUAAUGUAGACAAGACGUAUAGACUAACUGAAGAACGUCUUCAGAAGUCAGCCCAGGACUAAGAAUUCUGUUUCCCCGAAGUCCGGAAACACAAAACACAAACUUAAACGCCCAGAUAACGACAUACUUCGGUAUAGCCCAUAAAAACUGUGUCUCUCUUAUGUACUCCUAAAUAAUAAUAUGUAUUAGUGGAAUAAAGCACUCAACAACUUUACUCAUAAA